GAAGCUCCGCCCCUCCGAGUUGACGACACCGCGGGAGGAAACAACGAAACCAAACAAACUCGGAGUCAGUCGGAGCCCCAGAGUCCAGCUGAAAGUUCUGGAGAAUCAGCAUCAGGGUCAGCUGGAAGCGACGGGGAAGUAAACUAGACCGACUCUAUUCUGCUUUCUGCUGAUAAAGGGGCAGGACUGCCUUUGAACGCCCUUUUUUUUUUUUUUUUCGGAAAUAACAACAGACUCAACAAGUUUCAUUUUUAAUUUCAGUGCAAUUUUUUUAUUGGAAUUAUCCGUCGAUAAAUUAUCUUCAUUUAUUUAACUUAAUCCGCAAUAUAAAACUCAGCGACCAUCAGCUGACGGACCAACGACAGGUUGCGCAACAGAAACAGCAGGAAGGCGCAAAGACGUCACCUCCAGUUCUCCCAGUGCCAUAGUGACUGGUCCCAGUCGGAAUUCAGCUGGAAGAGAGUAGGACCGCUUUUCAGUAUUUUUGUUUAGUAACUCUGCUGCACGGACAAGUAUCCAAAACCAUCUUCAUAGUGAUUUUACUGAGUUGACCGGCAGUCCGCACCUGAAGUCAUUCCAAAGUAAAAACUGAGGAUGGGCGUGGCAACAACCAGAAGUCAGCUGUGUCUGAAGAGGCUGCUGGCUGAACCUCAAGAAAACUUACCAAAAUGCAAGCUCGCCCGUCUGGAGACAUCCCAUUCUGCCAGUGGCCUAUCUUCAUACCUCACACCAACAAACCCCGCACCCAAGUCCAGCCCAAGCCAUCCCCCGUCCAGAGUGGGACCAUACCUCCUGUUUGUAAGCUGUGAAAGGGAGGAAACCUAUAGGGCCGUACACACAAGCACACAAAAGCAGUACACCUGUCAGGUUCUCCCUCUGCAGGGUUUCCAGGAACGGUUGGCAGCCUACGAGCGCAUUGGUAAACACGACAACAUCUGCCAUCUGCAAGAUGUGGUGGUCGGUCAAGACAACCUGUACGUCUUCCUGCCCGAUCACCAUGGAGACAUGCACGCAUACGUGCGCAGCAGGAAGCGCCUGGACGAGGAAGAGGCAGGGCGUCUCUUUGCUCAGAUGCUGAAUGCGGUGGUGUACUGCCACCAUAAAGGAGUCAUCCUGAGGGACCUGAAGCUGCGACGAUUCGUCUUUAUGGACCAAUACAGGACUCGUCUUGCCCUGCUCGGCCUUAACGACAGUGUAGUCCUCCACGGUAAUCCUGAUAAUGACUUCCUCAAAGACAGACACGGCUGUCCAGCCUACGUUGGUCCUGAGCUGCUCAACAAUGGAAAUGGCUCCUACUCGGGUCGCGCUGCAGACGUAUGGAGCCUGGGCGUGUCUCUGUACACCAUGCUGAUUGGACGAUACCCUUUUCAGGACACGCAGCCAGCUGCGCUUUUCGCUAAGAUCCGGCGCGGGGUUUUCAGCCUGCCCAGUGGCUUGUCACCACAGGCAAAGUGUCUGAUUAGCUGCAUGCUGAGGAAGUUGCCUGCUGAGAGACUGAAGGCAUCCGAACUACUGAUGCAUCCGUGGCUGACCAUCAAUCCCUGUGUGCAACACCACAAUGUGCACAAGACGCAUCACAACCAAAAUACAAUGCAGAACAAACAGAUGGAGGAAGACCAAGUGGUGCCAACAUGGACUGAGAAACAAUAAAAUGUUUAUACACUA